AUGUCGUCCAUGCGAGAGGCGGAGCCGGCGUCGGUGAGGGUUACGACGCUGGCGGUCACCAGCAUCGUCUGGAAACUUUGCGCGGUGUGGGGCCGCAGCACCGUGCAUCCCAUGCCUGUGCACAGGAUCAAGUACGGGAAGGCGCUCCAGCUCCAAGUGCCACGGUCGGAGCCACGGCUCUUGCUGUUCGCGGAGGAGGACGGCCGCACGUUUUUCUUGGUUGGCGGCGUGCUCGACAUCGGCGCGCCUAUCGCCGUGUCGGUCGUCUGCAUCAGAGCGGGGGCGUCCCCACUACCGCACUACGUGGCCAAGCUGUGGGCGAAUGGCCCGCCGGGGGAGCCCAAAGGCAGGACCGACGCCGUCAAGGUGGAAAUGGAGGUGACAAGCAGCAGGGAUCCCGGCGACGUCGCCGUGCAGGAGCUGACCUUCUUCACAGUUCCGCCCAAGCUGCUGGCCGGGGCUAAGCUGGUGUACCUCCACAUUCAAAUUGACAAGCACAUGUCCUAAAUGAUUCUACAGUGCCUUCUGUUUAUCUUAGUAAUAUGCUA